UCAAGCACUCGCCAAUUCUUUGGUGCAAGCAAAGGGCCGAGUGCGCAGCCUCCAAUCGAGCACCGCCAACGUCCAACCGAAUCACUGGAAACCACCUCAGACCGAUCAAAGCGAGAAAAAAGGGCUCAGACAGCACCAGAGAGAGCAGUUAAGAACGAAAAGUGAACGGGAGAGCAAAAAAAGGGAGAGGAUUAAUAAAAUAUAAAAAACCACCAAAAAAAUAAAAUGUCGGCCCUCCGCCCAAGCGCCCGUCUCGCCGCGCGCAUCGCCGCGGCCUCCCCCUCAUCCGCCGCUGGCACAACGACGACAACGACAACGGCCGUCGCCCCCGCGCGCCUCCGCCACUUCUCCACGACCCCGCGCCGCGCCGGCGGCGGCGGCAUGCAGUACGACCCGCCCUCGGGCUGGCUCUGGGGCGUGCGCCCGGGCGAGAAGUACCAGAACGAGGGCUGGGAGGGGCCCUUCAUCUACGGCUUCUGGGGCAGCCUGAUUGUGUUUGCCAUUGCGUAUGCCUGGAAGCCUGAUACCUCGAUCCAGACUUGGGCUUUGGAAGAGGCGAGGAGGAGGUUGGAGGCCGAGGGGAUCCUGGAGGAUCCCGAGAAGAAAUAGAUUUGUUUUUGGUGGGAAAAAGGCUUAGGGAAGGCAGCGGGAGGAGGAGGUUACCUUUCUCUGUCAACAGUUGGAAGAAAGGGCAGGAGAGGAUGCCCCGGGGAUAAGGCAGACGGACAUGGCAUGCAAAUGGAUACACAUAUGCACGCAUAGAUGGGAUAUACAUGGGUUACUUCUUGUUUCCUUAUCGUUCGUUGCCGUCACCGUCGAGUUCCAUCAGGGAGACUGGCACGCGAUCCAGCUAGACCAUCUUUUCAGACGGGAUAGAAGGUGCUGCUGUCGUCUGGAGGCAGGGCGUGUUUGAAUCGAGAUUGAACUCUUUUCGGAC